AUGUGGCAGGAUAACUCCCAAUACGCCUCGACAUCCUCCCAGAACCAGUAUUACCAGCAAGCUGUGGCUCCUCAACCUGGCGUGCCUCUCCAGUUCUAUGCGCCAAGCCCGGGAGUCGGAGGGUCGUUCUACAGCGGCCGCUCCAGUCUGGAGGGGAGCAUGGGCGCUCAGGGAUCGAUACAGCAGGGCGGAGGAUACACCGGACAGAUACAGCCCUCGGGGGGAUGGUGGACGGCGUUCGGGACUGGAGGUUUCGAGGGGGAACCACCGUUGCUUGAAGGUGCGUACUCCAGAACCCAACUGGGUAUCAACUUUUCGCACAUUCAAGCAAAAUCACUGGCCGUGCUCAACCCACUGCGACAUGUGGAUGAGCGAAUCAUGGACGAUGCAGACCUCGCCGGACCUUUGCUCUUCGUCUUCUGCUUUGGAACCUUCCUUCUCUUUUCCGGCAAGCCACAGUUUGGAUACAUCUACGGUGUCGGCGUCCUUGGCUCGCUCUCCAUCUAUACCCUCCUCAAUCUCAUGUCGGAGAAGGGCAUCGACGCAUACCGGGUGGUUUCUGUCCUCGGUUAUUGCCUCUUGCCCAUGGUCGCAGUGGGCGCGCUCAGUGUUGCAGUCACAUUAGAUGGAAUGCUCGGAUAUAUUCUCUCCACCUUGUCGAUUCUGUGGUGCACGUACGCCGCUUCGGGUAUUUUCGUCGUAGUCUUGCGCAUGUCAGACCAGCGGCUUCUCCUGGCGUACCCCAUCGGUCUACUGUACGGAUGUUUCGCUCUUCUCAGUGUAUUCAACGUCGGUGGAGGCUCCAAGUAA